AUGGAUCACCUAUUUCGGCACCAAAGGUCCACAGAAGCUUCCAGAACAAGCCUGUGGAGCCAAAACGCGAGUAGGAGACGGGCCAAAGAAGAUCAUUUUACCAUUCUUCAUUCUGGGGCCCAAGUCAGACCAUCAGACGAUACGGUACCUAUCCCAACAAUUGUGUUGUGGCGCAGGCUUCGACGGUCACAGGAUGGCGUCUCUGAAUCAGCGCCCGCUCAAGAAGCGAGACAGCUUAAGGCUAAUAAUAGUGCCUUGAAGGAAAGAACGUACCCUGUUCCUGUGACGAGAACGCCCCCAGACUUUGUCGGUCGGCGAAGCCGUGCCCCGACCAGCCACCCCUCUUCUCCGACUCGCAGACUAAGGGGGGCCGCCGAGGAAAAUGACGCCCAGCAUCGCGGUGACGAUGGAUCCUCAAAAGCAGACAGCCGCAAGGUCCCGGUCCAUCAUGUUGAUGCAUACUGUACCAUUCCGGCAACCCAAUGGAGCUUGAGGAGAGAUCGGAGGAUGCAGCACGCUGCAGGGAACUAG